UAAACAAACUGAGCUGUUUAUAUUAUAAUAUAAACUACAGACCUUGAAUGACCUUCUCUCCAAUCUCCAUAGUACAGUAGUACAAUAAUAAAUAACACGAUAAAUUAAAAGACCGACUAGAAUUGAGGCUCAAUUGAUAAAAAAGAACGAGGAAUAAAGAUACUGGGUGUGGUUGACGUUUUCUCCUCAGUCCUCAACUCCUCACCUUUGCUGUCAUUGAAUCAUCGACAGUCCAAGAGAUUUAUAAAUUUAGGAAUAAAUAAUAAUCAUGUCUCAGCAGUACUACCCAUUCAAGUGCACUCCAACUGUGUAUCCAGCAGAGCCAUUUGAUGCAAAUGCAGAUGCUGCGACUCUUCGAAAAGCUAUGAAAGGUUUUGGUACUGACGAAAAAACAAUAAUUGAUGUUUUGACUAAACGUGGAAUUGUACAGCGUUUGGAAAUCGCUGAAACCUACAAAACACUGUAUGGCAAAGAUUUGAUAAACGAUUUGAAAAGUGAAUUGUCUGGGAAAUUUGAAGAUUUUAUUAUUGCACUGAUGACACCAUUGCCUCAUUAUUACGCUAAAGAACUUCAUGACGCCGUUGCUGGUCUUGGUACCGAUGAAGAAGCUAUUGUUGAAAUUCUAUGCACGUUAAGUAAUUAUGGAAUUCGAACUAUUGCUGCAUUCUAUGAAAAUCUUUACGGGAAAUCUUUGGAGAGCGAUUUAAAAGACGAUACCUCAGGUCAUUUUAAAAGAUUACUAGUCUCACUUUGUCAAGCUAAUCGGGAUGAAAAUCAAGGUGUCGAUUACGCUCAGGCACAAGCUGAUGCUCAGGCUCUGUUCGAAUCAGGUGAGAAGCAUUGGGGGUCUGAAGAGUCGCAAUUUAAUAUGAUAUUGGUAACUCGUAGUUAUCAGCAGUUACGUCAAACUUUUUUGGAGUAUGAAAAAUUAUCAGGACAUGACAUUGAGGUCGCGAUCAAAAAAGAAUUUUCUGGAAGUAUUGAAAAAGGACUUUUAGGAAUUGUCAAGUGUGUGAAAUCCAAGGUUGGAUUUUUCGCUGAAAGACUACAUGCUUCAAUGCAAGGCAUUGGUACCAAAGAUCGUACAUUAAUUCGUAUUAUUGUAUCAAGAAGUGAGAUCGACCUUGGAGACAUAAAAAAAGCAUUCGAAGAACGUUAUGGGAAAUCAUUGGAAAGCUGGAUUACUGGUGAUACCUCCGGCGACUAUAAGAAAGCAUUAUUAUCUCUAGUAUCAACGUAAUUAAAAGUCACUAUAAAGUCAAUUAAAUCCAAAAAAAUAUUAAUGCUUAAAGUUUACCUGCAUAAAAUUUGCUUGUGGAAUGAUAACUUUUACUGAAACUUAUCAUCUACAUGAAUGUGUUCAAAGCUUAUCUCACGGCAAAAAUAUUGCUAUCUUACCAUGCGCCAGCACAAAUCUUAUAUUUUCUAUUGAAUCAAAAAAAUUAAUAAUUAAUGUGACCAUGGAAGCCUUAAUACUAAAAAUAAACUUUUCGUAUACAUUGAUUUGCGAAUGAUAUAUUUAUAUUUUUGCAUCUGCAAUGUUUCUACACAAUAUUGAAGUUUAUUGUUUUAUACAAAUAUAUAUUUU